AUGUCCCUUGAUAAUACCCUCCAGGGUAAUACCAUUAGUGGGUCUGCUAGCAUCAGUAAGGGGAAAAAAAAUCGAAAUGGAUGUUUGACUUGUAAGAAGAAGCGUCUAAAAUGUGAUGAAACAAAGCCAAAUUGCUUAAAUUGUACCAAGAAGAAUAUAGAAUGUGGUGGAUACGCCACCAAAUUCAAAUGGAAACUGUUUAAUGAAGAAAGGUCGCAUACUAGCAGCAGUAAUAAAUCAUUAAAACGACAUCUUGAGUUGGCGAGUUUUUCCGUUACUGGGAAAUCUAUAGAGGAGAUUAAUAAAGAAAAUGAAUUGAUAGCCAAGGGAAUCAAUCCAGAAACAGUGAAAAGUGGUACUACUAGCAAUAGGUCAAGAACUAACAGUUUCAACACAAUCAAUACACAAAGACCAAAAUCGUUUGAUAAAUCACAUAGCUUUCCGUUACCACCCAAUGAGCAUGGACGGGUUCAAUCUUCGUCUGUCUACAAGAGUGAUUUGAAUUCUUUAGCUGAUGCUGCUAUGAAACAGAUUGGGAAAUCACCUGCUUCUAUCCCAUCAACAUCACCAGCAUUGAAAACUCAUCAACAACACCAAGUACAGUCUUUAGCCAAUAACUCGGCCAUGCAGCAUAUUAUGGUACAGCAAGCGCCCCAGCCUCUGCCUCCGCCUCCACCUCCAUUUACCCCUAAUUUUGAAGCAAUGCUAACUACAGAAAAACCAAUGGUCAAAAGAACCGCAAUUAGCAAUUUUGAUACCGAAAUCAAUUUGACCCCUUCUUUGUCAGCAAUAUUAAACUUUGCAUUCAAUCACGAGGAAAUAGAGGUACCAUCUGUGGAAACAUUAAGUCCAUUGACAUUGAAUCACGAAGCUAGGAUUGAUGCACCAAUGAAUAAUGACAAAAUCAUAACAACCAAUAAACAGGUCACUGAACAAGAGCAAAUUUUACAUUUAUUUAAUGAGUACACUUCGGGUAUUAUGUCGAUUAAGAAUGGGGCUCACGAAAAUCCAUGGAGAAACUUGAUUACUCCCUUGGCGUUAAAAUACUCUUGUCUUUUUAAUUCAAUUGCAGCAAUGACAUUAUUUCAUAUGGCAGGAAGGACUAACGUGGUACAUUCUCCAGAUGACCUAAGAACUAAAGGAUGGUAUUACAUGAAAAAAUGUAUAUUCGAACUAGCGAAUGGGUUAUCAAACAAUGUGAAAGAUUUGCCACUUGACGUGGCCCUAGUGACAUGUUUGAAUCUUGCUGUGUGCGAGCAAUGGGAUACUCAUACAUCUAGUGGUAUAGCCCAUUUGAAAGGUGCCAAGAGUAUGAUUCAGCAGAUUCUAGAGUUGUUAAAAGAACAACAACAACUUAUCAAACAAAAGAAAUUUGAAAAUGUUGAAUCAAGAUCUUUAAUUGAUGAGGAUCAACGAUUGUUGAUGAAUUUGAAAAAAAAAUUGGUUUUGAUAGAUGAUUUUGAUUACGAAGAAAUGAUUCAUGAAAUUAUUAAAUGUCCAGAAAAAGCAGCGGUUAUCCCUAAAUCAAUUCAGUUUAUAUUGAAUAAUUGGAUUUACUUUGAAGUGUUGGCACAAAUGACUUCUGAUUCAAUGUGUGACGAUAAAGGGGUUGAUCUAGUAGCAGCAAUCACAUCACUGUCCCAGAACAAGCUCGAUAAAGAUAAAGAUCGAAAUCCUAAAUCGCCAUCAGACGUUAGUGAUCUGUCUGACAAAACAUUCCGUUUUUUUGAAACACUCCAUUCGUUAAAUUAUAAUAAUGAAGUUAUUGAUCCAUUACUAGGGUGCAGUCAGUCAUUGUUUGUGAUCAUGGGUAAAGUUGCUAAUUUGAUUACAAAAAUCAGAAAGGCUAAACAUAAAAAUCAGUCGAAGAAAAGAAAUACUUUAACGACGAUCAGUCAGGCGUCGGAAUUGAAGCAAGAAUUGGUUAAUUGGAAGCCCUCAGUUGUGGCAAGCAUAAUGGAUAAUGAAAUUACUAGUGAAUCGUCUACAACUUGGGAUCUACCACUGUGUAUAGCUACGGCUGAGGCAUACAAGUAUUCAACAUUGUUAUAUCUACAUCAAGCUGUUCCUGAAAUUCCAUCCUUCUCAGCACACGCAUUGGCUGAAAAAAUAUUUAUUUUAUUAGCAUCUAUUCCAGCUUCAUCCAAUUUAUCAAUUGUGCAUAUUUUCCCACUUUUAGUUGCCUCGAGCGAAGCCGAGCCAGGAGAGGAAAGAGAAUGGUGUGAGAACAGAUGGAAAUUGCUAUCACAACGCAUGUGGAUUGGAAACAUCGAUCGUGCUUUAGAGGUUGUGAAAGAAGUUUGGAGACGGAAAGACGGAUUUCAGGAGACUUGUGAUGAUAGAAAGUUCCAUCAAUUGGGUGGAUUAAUGGUAGCAUUGAAUGGUGAUCCCAGUAAUAACUCCAACGGAAGUAAUGGUGGGAACAGUCAUAAUAACAACAACCUGGCAACUAAUACGGUUGAUGCCAACACUAUUGAUUCCAAUGCACAUUGGAGCACAGUAAUGAAAGAAUGGGGCUGGGAGGUGCUACUAGGAUAG